AUGAAGGCAGUGACGACCUUGCUAUCGGCGCUCGCCAUUGCGUCGGCGCGCUACGUUCGUGUCGAGAACAAUUCGUUUGCGCUCGGGUCCCCGACGCACCUCGGCGGCGGUAGCCUUCCGACGCAGAACCUCGUCGGCUACUGGCACAACUUUCCCAAUCCCGCGGGCGCCACGUACCCGCUGAGCCAGAUCUCCAAGGACUGGGACGUCAUCAACGUCGCGUUUGCGUCUUCGCUCGGUCAGGGCAAGGUCGGCUUUGAGCUGGAUCCGGCCGCGGGCUCGGAGGAGCAGUUCAUCAAGGACGUCGCGGCGCUCAAGGCCGCCGGCAAGACCAUCGUGCUCUCGCUCGGCGGCCAAGACGGCGCCGUGACGAUCGCGGACGCGACCGAGACGUCCAACUUUGUCUCGACGACCUACGACAUUUUGAAAAAGUAUGGCUUUGACGGCAUCGACAUUGACUUGGAAAACGGCGUCUCACAAGGUCUCCCGAUCAUUAACAACCUCAUCAACGGCGUCAAGCAGCUCAAACAAAAGGUCGGCGACUCGUUCUACCUCUCGAUGGCGCCCGAGCACCCGUACGUCCAGGGCGGCUACGGCGCGUACGGUGGCAUCUGGGGCGCGUACCUCCCGAUCAUUGACGGUCUCCGCAACGAGCUCACGCAGAUCCACGUCCAGUACUACAACAACGGCGGCUUUGUCUACACGGACGGCCGCACGCUCAACGAAGGCACGGUGGACUGCCUCGUGGGCGGCUCGCUCAUGCUCAUCGAGGGGUUCCAGACCAACUAUGGCAACGGCUGGAAGUUCAACGGUCUGCGUCCGGACCAGGUGUCGUUCGGUGUGCCGUCGGGGCCCAAGUCGGCCGGUCGAGGCUUUGUGACGCCAGAGACUGUCAAGCGCACGCUCACGUGCAUGGUGCAAGGCGUCGGCUGCGACACGAUCAAGCCCAAGACCGCAUACCCGACGUACCGCGGUAUCAUGACGUGGAGUAUCAACUGGGAUAGCUACGAUAACUACGCCUUCUCCAAGCCGGCGCGCGCGGCGAUCGACAGUCUCGGCGGCAACAACCCUGGGCCGCGCCCGACAACGGCGUCGCCCACGGACGCUCCGUCCGACAAGCCCACGAAUGAGCCAACCGACGAACCCUCAGAUGAGCCAACCGACGAACCCUCAGAUGAGCCGACGGACGCGCCGUCGGAUUUGCCGACGUCCAAGCCAACAGCCAAGCCUUCCAGCGUCAUGCCCACCCCGAGCACGCCGCCGCCAGCCUCGUCGUGUGGCUCGUGUACCAACUGCUACUACGCUCCGACGAACGCGUGCUUUGUGGGCUGGACAGCCGAGCAGUGCGGCACCAACGCAGUUUUCACGUGGUGCGGUGCGAAUUCGGACGACCCAAUCAUUGACGACCCGACGGACACCCUAUCCGACGCCGGCAGCGAUUCGUGGUCGUCCGACAGCGGGUCCGACUCGACGAGCGGCUCUGCCUCGUCGUCCGACGCGUGGUAA